AUGCGUGCAACAGAGGGGGCGACUUGUCCGUUUCGUCACGAGAAGCCCGACCAUCAGUCCCCUGAACUGGCGUCUCAAAACAUCAAGGACAGGUAUUAUGGCAAGAACGACCCGGUUGCCAACAAAAUGAUGAAAAAGCUGAAGGAGCAAGAGAAGAAUUACGAGGCGCCGCCCGACAUCACGACGCUUUGGAUCAAUGGCGUGUUGCCGGACCGCAUCACCAAGUCCGACCUCCACGACCAUUUUUACCCUUUUGGCGAGAUUGUCAGCAUCAAGAUAGCCGAGUCUAAGAACUGCGCAUUCGUAGAGUAUUCCCAGCACCAGGAGGCCCUGAAGGCGAUCGAGCAUCUGAGAAACGACUUGGUGAUCAAAGGACAGUUUUUGCGCGUCAAUUGGGCCAAACCGCUUUCGCAGAACCCGGAUAGCGCGGCAGGUCUGGAGGCGGAAGACCAGUGCAACGCUCAGCCUGUCCCAAUUAUUCCGCCGCCGCCGGGAUACUAUGGCACUCUUCCGCCCAUGAUGGUGGUCAGUGACAAGUUCGUACCUCUUGGUGGAGAGAACGGCCCUCACGUCCCCCCCGUUUCCGCGUGGCCUGUAUCUUACUAUCCCAGCAUGAACCCGAAUCGCAUGGGAUCGAUCCCUUCGCACCGAGCCAAAGCGGCUCAGACUCCCCCCGCUCCGGAAAACCCGUCCGAGGCGACGCCCAAAGGCAGCCCCGCUCAACGGCCGGAUCCGCUCGGCGACGGGGAAGAGGCGCGCCCUUCCGGCUCUUGA